AUGCUUCAGCCUCGUUCGUUAACGCGUUACCUCCAUGCUAUCUUUUCCAAGGCCAAUGUCACUGACUCCAUUUACGACAGUCACAAGCAGGGCCUGGUCGAUAUUCUUAAAUGCGCGCCUACAAAGGCCGCCGUAGCGGCCGCCCUCGCCUCCUGGUCUUCCAUCGACUUCGAAGCAGAGGUGAUGAAGCGUAACCUGUGCGCCGUCGCCGUUCGGUCCUUCGAAGAAGCAGACCGACACCCGCAUGCGCGCCAGACGGUCAACAACGAGUCAGUUUACGUCCGCAAGAUCGGCGACGCGCCAAGGCGCAUCCUCUCAGGAACAGAAUUUGCGAGAGCUUUGGAUGGGAUACGGGUGUUGGAUCUAACGAGGGUGUUGGCGGGUCCUGUAUGUGGGCGAACACUUGCUGCGCACGGCGCAGAUACUCUGCUUGUUACUUCCCCAAAUCUCCCUAGUCUACCAUUGCUGGAUAUGGACACAUCCCGCGGCAAGCGGACAACACAGCUGGAUCUGCGUGACCCGAAGGACAAGGAAACAUUGCAAAGCCUGGUCAAAGAUGCGGAUGUAUUCCUGCAGGCAUAUAGACCUGGGGGCCUCCAGGGCCUUGGAUUUGGGCCUGAAGAGGUCGCGAAGGCGCGUCCAGGGAUUGUAUAUGGGACGCUGAGCGCAUACGGAUUCUCGGGGGCCUUGAAAGACGCGAAGGGUUUCGACUCGUUGCUACAGGCGAUAGGCGGCAUGAAUGUUGCAGAGGCACAAGCAUAUAAAGACUAUGUCCUUGCUAACGGUGGGAAUGUCAAUGAUUUCCCGCCUCAUCGUUCGUUGCCGAUGCAAGCGCUUGAUCACGCCACCGGCUACCUGUUGGCGUUCGGCAUCAUCAGCGCGCUAUGCAGAACCAUCACCGAAGGCGGCUCUUACGAGGUGCACGUCUCCCUCGGAGCGACGCUGCAUUGGGUCCGUUCGCUUGGGUACCUCAGCCCAGAAGAGGCAUAUAAAAACGGCGAGCCCCUCCCGCCGCGCGGGGUCCCGCUCGAUACCGAGGUCGCCGGUUUCAGCACGAAGAUCGAGCAGGCAGUUCCGGAUGCGGGCGUGCAGUCAGGCCCUGUGUACCACAACAUCACAGCGAUACGCCACGCUGCGGUCAUGUCAAAGACGAAGGUGUGUAUCGGCGAGGCACCAAUGCGGCUCGACGCCCAUCUCCCUGUGUGGCUGAAGAGGCCAUGA